CAGAUGUCAUGUUUUAUUUUAUUGUGCAGUUCUGUGAUGUGAUUGUCGUAUGGUGGACUUAAUGCCAUAAUUGUGACACAUUGAUGAUUAUUCUAAGGACUUCUUUAUUGAAGUCUUGUCACAAUAUGGCAACGUCGGGUAGCAAGACUAGUUUAUCGAAAGGAAUUCAGUUCGGUUCUGCGUGGCUACAACGAAAGAUUCACAUACGACCUCAGAGAAGAGGGUGUCAUGUUGUGACGGAUGAAGUUCUGAAACAGGUGCCCGAACUAUCAAACUUCGCUGUCGGAAUGUGCCAUAUACAAAUUCUUCACACUUCCGCUAGUCUGGCGUUGAACGAGAAUUGGGACCCCGACGUUCGGGACGAUAUGGAAAUGAUGCUCAACAAGAUCGUCCCUGAAGUAAGUAGCCAAGCUGAGAUUUCAUUUAAAAUUUUUAAAAUAUCUGAACAAUAUCCUGUUUUCCAGGGAAUGCCUUACAAGCACUCAUGCGAAGGUCCCGAUGACAUGCCUGCCCAUGUGAAAGCUUGCUUCAUGGGCUCAUCCUUGACAAUACCCGUGACUGAGGGAAAGCUCAAUCUUGGAACAUGGCAAGGAAUCUGGUUGUGUGAACACCGGAAUCACGCUGGCUCGCGGAAGCUAAUAGUGACAUUGUCCGGAUGCCUGAAGGACGCCAGUGGAGGUCGGAGUCCCAACUCGCCAGGCCCAAGCACCUAGUGAAAAUCGAAAGUUGCCUUUCGCUCCGAACAGAAAGUUCUCUCGUCUUUCCCCGUUUAUUUUUUUGAGUCCCAGUCGUCGUUUUAUUGAGCUUCUCCAAUUUACGCGUGGGAUUGGUCGACAAACUUUGGUGCCGUUGAUGCUGCGAUGGAGUCUACUCAACCCCAGAUAUCCUCACAACUGCCGAGAAUUUUUGCAUUCAUUCAAAUGAGCCCACGUAUAGUGAAAUCUGAUUUGUAGCGUUCAUCAGUUGUACCUUUGCUUUGAAAUCAUAUGGUUUCUGACCCGUCCAAUCUUGUAUGGUUUUUGGUGACGUACCAGCCUUACGUAGUGGAUUUUUCGGACCUUGCGAUGUACGAUUUGGGGAUGAAGUGAUACCAUUGUGUCUCUGAGCACUCCUACCCCUUGUUAGGGUUUGAAUCAAAACCAAUUUUCCUGGAUCACUGAGGAAUGGAAAGCUACAUAAUUUGUUUGUUGUAUCCAUGCCCAAACUGCGUGGGAGAAGACGGGGGAGCGUCUUGUGAUUUUUUGCGGGUUAUAUCCCUGAUUCCUCGCCCGAAUGGCAGAGUUCAUGAAAUUCGGCGUUGUCAAACCGCUGAAAUUAAGAACAUAAAAUCAUUUUCAUACUUGUUGAUGGAUCGCUUCCAUUCCUUGUGUCGAGAUCCUAAGAUCACUGCCAUGAAGUCUGCUUCUUUUCGUGUGUGUGUGAAUGUCGGUGCAAUUGAAGUGGUUUGGAGCUUACGGAGAUUGAUGAGCGGUGAUUGAUUUUGCUUUUUGUUGACGCCUCUCGCUAGCGUGUCCCCGUCGAAUACUGCGUAUAUCCGGAGGAAUUUUCCACCAUUGCCAAUUCUUUGAGCUCGGGAACAUUCCUGAAACUAUUUUAUUUUCUGCAUUUCUGUACUCCGGUAGAUUUCCAAAUCUCCGUCGUUUCUUUUUUGAAGCCCAUAAAAAAACGGCCAUGAGUGUUUGAACUUCUCCUGCUAUGCUGAUUUCUAGUAAUGGUGCUUCACCAUAUUGCUUGAGGUUUUUUUUUUUUUUUUUUUGAACUUGACACCUGCUACUGGGAUGACUAUUCGGAUUCUCUUGAGUAAUCACGUUUGUGUUGAAAACAAUUUGCUCAUUUUAUGGAAAUCUCUGCGAUAGACUUCAUAGACUUCAAAAGGGAGACUAGAUUUGGUAGCGUUAUGAGGAGCAUUUCGUAAUCGAGCAUCAUUUAAGAGUAUAGUUGACCAUAGCUCAGUGGUAUCUCAGCUAUUCCGCUUUUGAAGAUCAAUCCGCAGUCCCCAAUCCCUCUGAAUUUUCUUUAUCUAAAAAUCUAGCUUGGCAAUGGAUUCUAAUGCUGUAAUGCACCGGUGCAUCUGAUCACGCUCUUGCAAACUUCAUUGGCAGCUUUGGUAGGAAAACAUCCCUACGUAAUAUUUCUUUGCGUGAGAGAUCCGCGGAGAUAAUUCAACAAUUUUGUGAAUGAAAAAGUUUGUACCAUGAUACUGUGGUUUUUGUAUUUGCACUUGAAUUUUGGUCUACCUGGAAGAAACAGUUGAAUUUUCUCGCGACGCAGUUUGCUUUGAGUACCUGGGGCAUUUUUUCUGAAAUUCAUGUUGACCGCCGCGUCGAUUAUUCUCCCAUCUUAAAACCGCGUUUUUAUGAAUUUUCCCGUCUUGUAAGUUGAUUCAAGUUGUUGUCACAUCGAAUUUUCAUAUCUAACCGGUGACCACUUGGAAGCGCAUCGUCGUGAGGUUUGGUAAGACUUCCGGCUCCUCUUUUCAAGUCAAGAUGCGUGGAAAACGGGAAGAGUUUUGCUCCGGUAAAGCACGGUGGAAAUUGUUGCUCACGAUUUUUUUUCUUGAUUGCUUUGCGCCCAACUAUAGCAGAGGUGCGACACGCGAAAUGUUUUGUCUCUGUUGUUUUUGAGGUGAUGUUUGAUUAGUCUUCCAAAGAAAGAGAAAAACAAAAAAGAAGUUGAAGCAAUAGGAAGUUGUCAAAAUCAUACCGCGUGGUUUUCUGUGUUUCAGCUUCCAGGUUUGUUCUUAGAACGUGGGCAUUGAAGCGUUUUCCGUUUGCCGUGAGCUUUUUGAAGAACUGCGUGUUCUGCCAACUACGAGUCAUGUUUUCUUUUGUUCCAAGUGCUUUUUCACUCGCCGUUUGAAGUUAGCACGCUGAUCUACGGCGCUUCCCUCGCAUUCACAGCUUCCUUGACUGUGAAAUAGGCUGCGGAAUUUCUUUUGUUUUUUUUUUUUUAAGAACGCGUAAAAUGAGUAUGUUUUCCUAAUUGCCCUGUCCCGUUCAUGAAUCGUGAAACCUUGGCUUCGAAGAGCGGAAGUGUUGCUUGGGUGCAUAGCCUUUCUGCGUUCGCGGCGGCGAUUAACAUGCCUAAGGCGCUCCUCGAAGGGCGGGUCCGUUUGGUUGGCGCCUCUAGUUGGGAAUUUUUUAUUACUUGCUAUCCACGUAUUCAAAAAUUAUAUUGUAAUUUUUCAAUUUAAGGGAAAUUACUUGUUAGUAAACAAAGAAUUAUCUCUUUGA